GGCAGACGAACAGGCCACACAGUGACACAGCACAACAGAUCCUCGGCGGUCGGCGCAGUAGCCACAGAGAUGGCCCUCGGCGACAGCGCCACCGGCACCCCGCCGCCGGUGGCCAAGCUCUCCAUCUCGGGCGCGGCCCUGGCCGCGCUGCUGCACCGCUGCGCCGCCGCCGCCGGCGACUGCGACGGCCUCCUCUUCGGCCGCGCUGCGCACCUGCCCGCGCCGCCGGCCGCCCUCUCCGACUACGACGACGCCGCGGCCCCGCCCGCCCCCGCCCUCUCCAUCUCCGUCUCCGGCCACUGCUCCCUCUCCAGCCCCUCCUCCUUCUCCGAUUCCCUCGGCCGCUUCCAUGCCCCCUCCUCCUCCCCCGCUCCGAUCGGCUUCUUCUCCUCCCGCCGCCGCACGGCGCUCCGCCCCUCCAUGCGGGAGACCGCGCUCGCCUACUCCCUCUCCGAAUCCCUAGCCUCCGCCCACCCGCUCCUCCUCAUCCUCGUCUCCCCUUCCGCCUCCCCCAACCACUCCACCCACUCCUACGACUACCGCGCCUUCCUCCUCCUCGCCGGCCGCCUCGUCCCGGCCUCGCUCGCCGUCGUGAACGUCGGCCCCGGAUUCCGGGACCAGUACCACGCCUUCACCGCCGACUCGCCCAUGCCCUGGCUGCCGUCGGCGCCGGCGCCUGGGCACGCUCACACCAUCGCGGAGCAGAAGGCGGUGGAUGAAAUGGUGGACGGGUUUGGGGUCGGGAGGCUGCAGGGGGUCCUCGGCUCUGCGGCGGGGCAGGCGGCCGAGAUGGAUGAGAUGUACGCGGGGAUGCUCAGGAAGCUGGGGAAGCUCGCCAGGGAGGUGGAGAAGAGCAAUCUCCGCGUGCUCGAGCAGGAAAAGCGGAACCUGGUGCUGAGGUAUAAAUAUGCAGGAAUGGAGUAGGACCAAAGUGUUUCUGGUCUUAGCAAGGUAUAUAUGCAUCCUGAAUUCCUGACUGAGUUAUGGUGUUCUGUCAGACCCUUUCUUAGUGUGUCAUGCAGAUUUGUAAUGACCUGAAAUGUUCAUUAGUAGUUCCAAGUCGCACUCCUGUUUUGGUAACAUUAUUUUUCAUGUGCCCUGUAUUGUGUUGUGACUGACUGCUUUUGUUAGUCUGAAGAUAUCUGUAUCAUAUCUUUUUGAAUUUUGACAGAAAUGGCUGGAACACUGCCCUUCAUAUUAGACCAUGGAUAAUAAUUACCUA